GUCUAGGAAAGCCCAUGGACAGAGAAGCCUGGUGGGCUGCAGUCCGUGGGGUCAGCAAAGAGUCGAACACGACCCGAGCGACUGAGCACGCACUCAGGCUGCGCUGAACUCGCGGGUGAGAUGAAGAAGGAGCUUCUUCCUUUCCCUGCACUGAUUGAGCAACACCCUGAGGAAGACAAGGCGGGGCCACCGCCGCCUGCUUCCUCCGAAAGCGUGGGUACAGUGCGCGGGAGCGAGGGUAUACCGAAAAGCUCCGACGUCUGGCCAUCAGAGGCCGGCUUUCCAAGUUCCACGGACGACCGCUAAGACUCCUCAUGACUGUGCCUGCCAUCAACCUGCGGGGACCUCGACAGCGAACGCUGCCCGGCCGCAAGGGGCAGCGGGGACGGAGGGCACCGGCCUCCUCGAGCGCCGCCGCAGGGCGCUCCGGUGGCCUCAAACUUCGGUUCGGGUACCUCGUCUUCGUCAUGGGUGUCGUGUCGUGGGUCAAACCUGCUUCAGCCAUGUCUAUAAGGAAGGAUGAAGUUCCCCAGCAGUUAUCAGCCCCACUGGAAUGGAUCCGCCAACAGAACUUAUGUCCACCAGGAUUCUAUAUGGAAGAAGUCAGUGGAGGUUGUGCCCCUUGCACCGAUGGGACAGACUACACCAAUCAUUCAAACACCCUCCCUUCUUGCUUACCUUGCACGACUUGCAAAUCAGAAGAAGAAAAAAACCGCUGCACCUCCAGCAAGGACACUGAGUGUCAGUGCAAACCCGGCACUUUCCGUGGAGAAGAUGCACCUGAAUUCUGUCAAAAAUGCAGCGCCGGGUGCCCUGAUGGGAAGGUCAUGGUCAUGAACUGUACGCCCUGGAGCAAUGUCAAGUGUGUGGACCAAGAAUCAGGCACUUCACCGCUGGUGACUAACAUUUUCACUGGACUUGGAAUCACAGUUGUAAUCACCUUUGUCCUAAUCAGAUGUGUUGUAUGUUGCUUCUCUAAAGUUUGCUUUGGUGAGUGCUGCCACAAGGAAAAGAAGCUGACAGAAGACAAUGCCCAGUCCCAAGAUGAAGCAAGCAGAGAGUCUGGUGAUCCUGCAUUGGUUUUGUUUUGCUUAUGGCUGCCUGUGCCAGAAUUUCAGAACCAUGUUUACGAGGCUCAGCUCUGUAAUCUAGGGCCCUCGAUGAAGACCAAGGCUGCUCUCCACUGUGUUUUACAGAAACCAGCAGCAUCUGAAGGAUCUCAGGGGAGAAGAUGGCUGCUGGUUCCAACAGACGCCACAGAAAGCCUGAAGCUGUUCUUCAGUGACUCUGCAGCUAUCUCUCCCUUGUGACUUCUGUGAUUUGCUGCUGAGGCAGAUGGGCCUCACAUGAAAUGAGAUCCUUGUGGCCAGAGAAUAGGCCUGGGGUUCUCCGGAUGCCGCGUGUGAAAUGCUGCCAGUCACCAAGAAGGGACAGGAGACCUCAGUCAACACCGUGCUGCAUGCUUGGAAAUGCUGGGGCAAAGACUGACAAAAGAGACAAUUCAAGAGCGCCUGCUGAACUCAGGAAAGUAUUAACAUGUUUAUGAAGAAAGUGAGACAGGCUGUGCUGUGCCCUAAGCGUUUGAGGACCUCAAUCUUUCCCUUCAGGACACACUCCUAAUAAGACUUCUACUUUUUAUUUGUAUUUGUUUGAAAUUUGCCAUUCAUGUUAGUAUGUAUGCAUUCAAUGACGUUAACUUAUAAUGAAAGCGUUAGUCAGUGAGUCAUGUCCAACUCUUUGCGACCCCAUGGACUGUAGCCCACCAGGCUCCUCUGUCCAUGGGGUUUCUCUAGGCAAGAAUACUGGAGUGGGUUCCCAUUUCCUUCUCCAGGGGAUCUUCCCUACCCAGGGAUGGAACCUGGGUCUCCUGCACUGCAGGCAGACUCUUUACCAUCUGAGCCACCAGGGAAGCCCCGUAACUUGUAAUAUACAUCAUUAAAGUGCAAACAUCUUGUAUGUCUUUGUACUUUUAUGUUUGUGCACAUAUUUAUAUGUGUUGAACAACGUUUUGGAAAUAUAAUUUCUAGGCUGUUUAUGUGGGCUACCUGGUUGAGCACUGGCAAUCCAAAGCAAUUAGAAAUACAAAAGGAGGGCAUUCCCUGGCUGUUCAGUGGGUAGGACUCUGCGCUGAGAGCCCUGAGUUCAAUCCCUGGUCAGGAAGUAAGAUCCCAUAAGCCACGAGGCAAAAACAAACAAACAAACAAGAACCUACAAAACAGCAACAACAAAGGAGAGCAAGCCCACUGCUGGGGGAAUUGGACCAGCUGGGGAUUGCCUGGCGACUUCUACAGGGUCCAGGCUUUAAACAUGGCAACUUUAUAGUUGUGUGAAUAUUCGUACUUUUUAUAGGGAGAUGUUGACAGGUGAGCAGAGCGGGAGAAGUGGCACGCCCACGCAGCGCUGUCUGGUGUCCGUGACCGGGGCUGUGAUCCCCUGGGCUUCCUGUUGCUCACCUGGGAAGUCAGGGUGGGGUGUGGGUUAGAUAUGAGUGUCUGAUAGUUUCUGUGUCACGUCUGGUCUUAUCACCGACCUUCAUUCCAUCUGGGCUCAAGGAAGAGAGGACAGGGAUCUGCCAUGGUUUCUGGGAGGAAGAAUGGACGGGCUCCUGGGUUAUGUUCAGUGUUGGCUUGCUCAGCACUAGAUGGGUCCCCCUUGAUACUGGUGCUCUGAGCCCAGAAUUGCCUUUCUGUGUUUGAAUUGGCUAAUUAAGGGUCUCAGCCCCUCUGUAAGCUUUGACCUUCUGCAGGAAAGACACAGAAAUGCUGAUUCUUCAAUACUGUGAGAACUGACCUAAAAUGCCUACUAUAUUAAGGUUUUGUCUUUUUUUUUAAUUAAAAAAGUUGUGUUUUUUUUUUACUUCUGCUAAACCUUCUCCAUAGUAUUCCAAUCACUGCAGGAUAAUUUAAUGGCAGAAGCAAUUCUCAGGGGGUUUUUGGUCUAAUCCAUCUCAAGGCUUGUGUGUUGUCUUCCCUAAGGUUGACAUGACUGUUGUGGUCAAAACUGGAAUUGCCUAAAAUUUAGGUACAAAUGGAUCCAGUGUGUGGAGUUCCCCUGUGUUUUUAGAAGGGCUGAUCCCCAUGGUCUUUGUGCUACAUCCCUCUGGCCCUGAUGUCCCUCCCUUUCCUGGAAGUCAGGUGUUUCCUGUCUUUGCUGUUUCUUCUGUGAGGACACUCUGCCUUCAUCCCCAGAAGGCGAUAGAAACGAAUUCUUGGGACUUCCCUGGUGGUUCAGUGGUUAAGACUCUGCACUCCCAAUGCAAGGAGCCCGGGUUCAAUCUCUGGUUGGGGAGCUGAGGUCCCACGUACCACAGCUAAGCACGUGCUCUGCAACUACUGAGCCCACGUGCUGUAGAGCCUGCACAUCACAACUAGAGAAGCCCGUGUGCUGCAGUGAAGAGUCUGCACAGCUGAAAUAAAAGAUACCAUAAAAUUUGAAACUGUCACGUAUAUAUCACAAAAAGCAUGUCCAUUUGUAAAACCGUUUAAAAAAAUAGUCAAGUGUUAGGUCACUUGUCCCUUUCUCAGAAGACUUCCUUGAGUGCCCAUCUAAAGUAUCAGCCUUGUCAGUAUUUGUCAUGUAUAUUCAUUUGUACACGUUUCUUGUGUGUUUUACUACUGAGAAUCUUCAAGAAACGUGAAACUUGACUCCUUUGUUACUUUCCUGUGGGUGCUUAGUCGCUCAGUCGUGUCCGACUCUGCGACCCCGUGAACUAUAGCCUACCAGACUCCUCUGUCCAUGGGAUUGAUUCUCCAGGCAAGAAUACUGGAGUGAGUUGCCAUUUCCUACUCCAGGGGAUCUUCCCGAUCCAGGGAUCGAACUCGCGUGUCCUGUGUCUCCUGCAUUGCAGGCGAGUUCUUUGCCUGCUGAGCCAUCCGGGAAGCAUUACUGCUUUAUGCCAAUGCAAGUGUGACAAUUUAAAGUUUACUUGAAGACUGGAUGCCUCUUCAGGUUCCUCCCCAGUAAUGAAUGUGACCAAAUUAAAUGUGCAAUGUCAUACAGAAAUCGUAUAAUUUUAUGUAAACGUGCAAUUUUAUGAUUUUGAACCAAAUUGAAUAUUCAGUGUUAUAUACAAAUUUUGCAAUUUUCUAUAAAUAUGCAAUUUAAAGAAUUUGUGGUCAAAUAUGGAAUGUUAUAUAAAAAUUUUAUAUAAAUAAGCAAUUGGAUGAAUUUGUGACCAAAAUAAAUGGCAGUUACAUAGAAAUUUUGCAAUUUUAUGUAAAUAUGCAAUUUUAUGACUGUAACCAAAUUAAACAUGUGCUGUUAUAUACAAAUAUUAUAAUUUUAUAUAGUUUUAUACAUUUUGACAAAUGUGGAAUGUUAUAACAAGUAUAAGAACUAUUAAAAUUAUGAAAUUA